AUGUAUGCUCUGGCAAGGCUUGAGUCCAGCUUCAAGCCUGCCUCCACUGCUAACACUUUCAAUACCUUAACGACACACUCCGUGUCCGACUUCGGCUGGCCAGCCCCCGUGCCCACAUGGCACCUGCAAAUGGGAGUGAAAAGCACAGUGAAGGAUCAGCCAUUAGUUUUCCAUAAUAAAAUUAAAUCAUCAGGUUAUACAGCAGCACCACGAAUGACCAUGUUUUCUCCAAAUAAUAACUCGAAGAAAAAUGAGGUAACAAAGUGGAAGACCAGCUGUAAAUGUACAAAUAAAGAAUAUCCAUUGGGAAGUGAUCCUCCAACCAAAUAUGAAAAAGAGAUAUCUGUUACUUGUAAACCAACUGCAAUUUGUUGCAUUCAGUAUUCUGGGGAUGGAGAGAUGCUGGCUUGCGGCUUGGCUGACAAAAGUGUACUAAUAUUUGAUUCCAAUCUCACAGAUACAUGUAAUGUUUUUUCAGGUCAUGAUGGUGCAGUUAACUCUGUUGGCUGGAGUCAUGACAAGAAGUGGUUAGUUUCUGCGUCAGAAGACAGAACUUUAAGAGUCUGGUCAGUCUGCAAUAAUGACCCUGCCCUAAUUCUGGGCAAAGAAAAGUUCCCUAAGACUGUACGCUUUGCGCAGUUUUAUUUUAUAGAUACGUUUAUAUUGCUGUGUUGUGGAGCUGAAUUUCAUCUAUUAAGUCUCCAUCUAGAUACAACCAAGGAUGACCUCAAGCGAUACAAACAGAGAAGUGUUUGCAAGUUAGUACAGAAAUUUCCUAUGGCCUCAACAAUGGAAAUUACCAGCCUUUCAGCAGUAAAUGAUUUCUACUCUCAUAUUGUGCUUACAGGUGGCAGCAACCGAGCAUUGGAAAUUUUUGACCUCAAUGCAGGCUGCAGCACAGCAGUGAUACCAGAUGCUCAUACUAGAUCAGUCCAUCAGAUCUGCCAAAAUAAGGGGUCAUCCUUCAGCAUGCAGCAACCUGAAGCUUACAAUCUUUUCAUGACCACAGCUGCAGGUGAUGGCAUCAAAUUAUGGGAUUUAAGAACACUGAGGUGUGAACGCCGUUUUGAAGGGCACAGCAGCCGCUGCUAUCCGUGUGGAAUUGCAGUAUCUCCCUGUGGACGCUUCAUAGCCAGUGGAUCAGACGACAGACAUGCUUACAUAUAUGAAAUGCGUUCAAGCACUUUUUCACAUAAACUGGGGGGACACACAGAAUCUGUCAUCAAUGUUGCUUUCAGUCCCUCAUCUCCACAG